GAAGCGGUGGCGGCGGCGGCUCCUCAGUGCAGAGGGGGAAACUCCGCGGGCUCCGAGCAAGAAUAAUGCGGUAGCAAGGCGGGCUGCUUGCUCCCGGUUCUGGCAUUAGCGGCUUCAGCCUGAGCAACGGCACCGGCAUCACCCCAGGCGCUGACAGCCACGCCGACCGGCUCCCUUGCUGAUUCCGACUGUCAAUGGAGCUGGAAAACAUCGUGGCCAAUACGGUGUUGCUGAAAGCCCGGGAAGGGGGUGGAGGAAAGCGCAAAGGGAAAAGCAAGAAGUGGAAGGAAAUCCUGAAGUUCCCUCACAUCAGCCAGUGUGACGACCUCCGAAGAACCAUAGACAGAGAUUACUGCAGUCUAUGUGACAAGCAACCAAUUGGGAGACUGCUUUUUCGACAGUUCUGUGAAACCAGGCCUGGACUGGAGUGCUACAUUCAGUUUCUGGACUUAGUGGCAGAGUAUGAAGUUACUCCAGAUGAAAAACUUGGAGAGAAGGGGAAGGAAAUAAUGACCAAGUAUCUCACUCCAAAGUCCCCAGUCUUUAUCGCCCAAGUUGGCCAGGACCUGGUCUCCCAGACAGAGACGAAGCUCCUGCAGAGGCCUUGCAAGGAACUCUUCUCUGCUUGUGCUCAGUCUGUCCAUGAUUACUUGAAGGGAGACCCCUUCCAUGAGUACCUGGACAGCAUGUACUUCGAUCGUUUUCUGCAGUGGAAAUGGUUAGAAAGGCAACCAGUGACCAAAAAUACUUUCCGGCAGUACCGGGUGCUGGGCAAAGGUGGCUUUGGAGAGGUCUGUGCCUGCCAGGUUCGGGCCACAGGUAAAAUGUAUGCUUGCAAACGCUUAGAGAAGAAGAGGAUCAAAAAGAGGAAAGGAGAGUCCAUGGCACUCAAUGAGAAGCAGAUUCUUGAGAAAGUCAACAGCCAGUUUGUGGUCAACCUGGCCUAUGCCUAUGAGACCAAAGAUGCGCUGUGCUUGGUCCUGACCAUCAUGAAUGGGGGUGAUCUGAAGUUUCACAUCUACAACAUGGGGAACCCUGGCUUUGAAGAAGAGCGAGCCUUGUUUUAUGCAGCUGAGAUCCUCUGUGGCCUGGAAGACUUACACCGUGAGAACACUGUCUACAGAGAUCUGAAACCAGAGAAUAUCCUGCUGGAUGAUUAUGGCCACAUUCGGAUCUCAGACCUGGGACUAGCCGUGAAGAUCCCUGAAGGAGACCUUAUUCGUGGCCGUGUGGGCACUGUUGGUUACAUGGCCCCAGAAGUCCUGAACAACCAGCGAUAUGGCCUGAGCCCUGACUACUGGGGUCUGGGCUGUCUUAUCUAUGAGAUGAUUGAGGGCCAGUCGCCGUUUCGAGGCCGCAAGGAGAAGGUUAAGCGGGAAGAAGUGGAUCGCCGGGUGCUGGAGACUGAAGAGGUAUACUCCCCCAAGUUCUCUGAAGAGGCCAAGUCCAUCUGCAACAUGCUGCUCACCAAAGACUCAAAGCAGAGGCUGGGCUGCCAGGAGGAAGGGGCUGCUGAGGUCAAGAGGCACCCCUUCUUCAGGAAUAUGAACUUCAAGCGCCUGGAGGCUGGGAUGUUGGACCCUCCCUUCGUUCCAGAUCCACGGGCUGUGUACUGCAAGGACGUGCUGGACAUUGAGCAGUUCUCUACUGUGAAAGGUGUCAACUUGGACCAUACGGACGAUGACUUCUACUCUAAGUUCUCCACAGGAUCUGUGCCAAUCCCAUGGCAAAAUGAGAUGAUAGAAACAGAAUGCUUCAAGGAGCUGAAUGUGUUUGGACCCAAUGGUACCCUCUCACCAGACCUGAACAGAAAUCAGCCUCCAGAACCUCCAAAGAAAGGGCUGUUUCAUAGACUCUUCAGGCGCCAGCAUCAGAACAAUUCCAAGAGUUCACCCACUCCUAAGACCAGUUGUAACCACCGCAUAAAUUCAAACCACAUCAGUUCAAACUCUACUGGAAGCAGCUAGUUUCAGCUCUGGUCUUGAAGUCCAAAGUGGAACCAGCUCAGACCCUUCUACUUGGAAGCAGAACUUGUAGCUGAUGGAGCUUCUACUAUGGCUGGGUAGCCAGGAGAGCUCCCUGGGAACUGGGAUAGGAUACUGUUCAUCCCAACAACAAGCCUCCAAGUUUCUCAAAGAAAUUUCCACUCAGGUCUGCUUUUCAAGGUGGCCCCAAGCUGGGGUGAACUAGAAUUGUCCUUGUUGAAUAUUGCAAUAGAAACCCAAUGGGAUAUGCAACUUGCAUGGAUUUUAAUAGCAUCCUGAUUAGAACUGAAUUUUGUCUUUAUCAUUUUUAAAGGAAAGUUUUGUAAAUUUCUCUAUUGUCUCAGUUUACAUUUUGUAUAUUUGUAUUUAACUGAAAGUCAAGACUUUGAGGGUGUAUAUUUUCUGUGUAGCCACUUUUAAGCCAUGUGUUUUAAGCCAUUUUAGAUGGGGGGGUUUUACAAAAAAAAAAGUGACUCUAGACUUCCAGAGCUUCAGAAGAGAAAAUGUUUUUUAUUAAAUGUAGAAAAUGUUUCACCUUUUACCUUUUAAGCCCUGAUUGCAUCUACCUAUAUUCAUCUCUCUGAUCUUUUCCUCAGUGUAGCUCUCACUCUCUUGUUGACUUAUAACAAUCAGAAUGAAAUGCCAAAAUGCACUUGAGACAUUCCUCCCUCAAACACUCUCUGUGGGGUGGGGCAUCAUUGGUAAGAAUACUUCUAUGGGCAGGCAUUUGACACUGCAGCUUCUCUUGUUCUCCUGCUGUUCGGUGUCUGGCAUUGCAGGGCAGGGAAUCCCAAAUCAUUGGGCUGCAGAUCUUGGCAGCUAAAGCCAGUGGUUUUCAAGAGAUUUCUGUUGUAUUUGGGGAUUUCUCCUAUAUAUUAUUUUUAGUAGUUUAUACUGAUGAUAAGGACCAGUAGGAAACCCAAGUGUUCCAAACCAUGGGAUUAUGGAAAAGUAUGAAUUGGGGGGGGGGUCCAUCAUGAGUGACUACCUCCAUGCCUGUUUAGGCCUUUGCUAGUCAAUAAAGUGAUCACCAUAUCAUGACACCUUCAUGGGGUCCCACAGAUUUGUUGGCUCAUGUGACAUGAAGGAAGUCAUCUUUCUAGGCAAGUGGGAUGCCUAAGAAGAAACUUGUACUGGUGAAGUAACAAGACAAUCUUAUUGUCACUUCCCAAGGAGAUCUUGGCCAAACGCUCGCUCUAAUUGGGCAUCUUAAAGUCACAGGCACAAGUCACUCAUGGAAGACUUGAUGGACUUACCUUUCCAGCCCCGGGGAGUUGUUGUCCAGCCCCUGAAAUCCCAGGAGGUGACGAGGUACAGAUUGGCCCUCACCUUCUCACCAGGACAGGGUAAGCAGCUGGUCUCACUGCUCCCCUGGGAGGAUGAGACUCUGAGUGUGACUCUGCCUCAAAAUUUGUCUCAGCCACCAACUACUGGGGUUUCUUACAGGGUGAGCCAGGUGCUACUGGAAUCAGCUCCUGUUAAAAUGCAGAUUACUGGGCAACACCCCAAGCCAAUACUUGAUGAUCUCAUUUUGUAGUCUCCAGGCUGGUUUCAAAUUAAAUAUCCUCCUGCCUCAGCCUCCUGAAUUCUAAGAUUACAAGUGCAUACUACCAUGAAAAAUGCAUCUUUCCCAAGCUGCUCAGACUCUUCUGAUGCCCCAUAGUGUGAGAACCAUCCCCCAGGCCUGUGUGUAUGGCCAUUCCGAAUGUGUUUUCCUGAGGCACCUGACAGCUUUGAGACUUCAGCCUGUCAGGAGGAAAAUCCCAAGCAUUUUAGUCUCAUGUCUUUGAUUCCAAGCUCUUCCAGGGCUCACUGCUAGAAAGGAGCCUGGUCUUUGGGACUAAUCAUCCUGAAGUCAGUUAACCAUGAGAGAAGAAACAGCCAGGCUCCAUGAUGCAUGAUUAACCUCAAGCCUGGCCCCUUGACUGCUUCUGAACUUUUGAAGGACUGAAUAUGAAUCAAAUGCAAAUGACCACAUCCAGGUUCUGCUGGGGAGCAGAACACUCAGUAUUUCCAGAUCCUCAAGCUGUUGCUCAUGCUUCUUCCUUGAGGAAAAAAAGAAUUGUCAUCUUUCUUGUGUGGUUACAAGCCCCAGCCACACACAACCUCUGACUCCUUUGCACAGGUUUGUUCCUAUUUCCCUACCCAAAGUCAUUUAACUCAUGUCAAAUAGGUAGCGGUUAGGAAAGUUUCUCCUUAGGCCUCAAAAUCAAGGCAAUGUCCAUUUUCAGCAGAGAAUCUGUGAACAGAGACUGCACUUUUGUUUCCCAGCCACCCAGACCUGAAUAAUCACACAGAACUAUAUCAGUUACAACACUGUCAGGCCAAUGGUUUAGGCAUAUUCCUAGUUAGCUCUUACAUUUUAACCCGUUUCAAUUAAUCUACGUAUUGCCACGAGGUUGUGACUUACCAGUAAUGUUCUGGCAUCUUUCUCCUUCGGUGGCUACAUGGCAUCUCCAUGACUCUGCCUUCUUUCCUCCUCUAUCUCUGCCUGGAUUUCCUGCCUUGCUAUGUUCUGCCCUGCCAUAGACCAAAGCAGCUUCUCUAUUAACCAAUGGUAAUAAAACAUAUUCACAGCAUACAGAGGAACAUACCACAUCAAGAACACCCAGGAAGCUAAACGGAAAACACAAAUCUGUCUACCAUGUGUUCGCAUCAUAAGGUUCUGAAAGACCAGUGCACUGAAAUGUACCUGAGUGCCUAUGGGAGGCAGGGAUAGACACAUGUUUCAGUCUUUCAGUUUGUUUUGGCCUACUCAUGGCUUCAUAGCAAGAAACAGUGCCUGAAAAGUGUCCCUCCUCCCUGACUAAGUCUUCCUCCUGCCUUUGUUUCUAUAGCUGCAUUUUAAAGGUAUUUUUUUUUGUUGUUUUAAAAUGAAAAUAAGCCCUCUGCCAUGUCCAGGAGAAAGUGUAUGUGGACACUCUGUUGUGCACGUGAACUAUUUGCAGAAGAACCUUUCUUGCUUCAGGCGUGGCAUGUUUCUAACUGAAUGUCCCUUGACUUGGAGUGAGAGGCUUCUCUGCUUUUGCUGUUUGGGAAAUAGGCCUCUGUCUGCAGUAUGUAGGGUGGUCUCUGCUGUAACCAUUCUGACUUAAAAUUGUCCGUUAUACACUUUAGUGGGGGGAAGGUGGACUGUGAAUAUCAUCCCCAGAAUAUCAAGAAUGUCUGAUCCUCACCUUCCAGGAAGAUGGUGUGUAUCUUCUAAUCAUUCUUGAACCUGAACUACACAAGGCUCCAAAUUUACUUACCUGCCUAGGGGCUGAGCCUGGCUGUAGCCACAGGACUGGUCUCUGAUAUAUUUUGUUUUCUGGGAGGGCAGGCAGCAAGAGACCUGCCACACAGACCCAGAUAACAGGUAGCCCCAGUCCUAUGUAUACCUGACAGGCACUGGCUCAUGAUGUUUCUGAUGAGUUCACGCAUGGGGACAUGUGCACGGCACUUCUUUGCAUCAGAGGCACAAGUAAAAUGAGAGUCUGCCUCAGAGCUGAGACCAAGCCCCUGAGAAAGCUGAGGCUGGGAAGCUUCCAUGCUUCUCCAAGGAACUCAGCCCAAUAUUACAAUCUAUUUUUUUUUCUUCUGGACCAAGUACUUUCUUGAAAGGUUGGCUUUACUUUCCAGCAAAUUAAAUGAGCCACUAACCUCAACACAGAGCAGGCCAUGCAGCCUCCCGGAGUCUGGCAUUCUAAGCCUUGACAAAGGGAAUGGUGGCAGCUUCUUGGACAGCUAGAGGUCCCAAGAGAAAGAAAAAAGCAACACUGGGAUCUUCUCUUGGGCAAUUGUGUGCUUUCUUUUCUGAUUGUAUUCUCAUCCCCUUCCAAGUGUUUUCAUAAACCAAUACCCUGAAAUAGGACCUUCUAACGUAGGUUUUGCUAUGGAAAAGCAGUAUAAAGUCUCUUCUUCCAAACUACAGUUGGGAAGCUCCACCCUGGCCCACUUUCUAUACCUGCUUGUACAGCCAGCCACUCAGCUAGUGAAACUGGCAGGUAUGUAGGCCAGAUCCUUCACAGGCACAUAAAGUAUCUCCUCUGGCUCAGACUGAGAAGUCAUGACUCAGGACAAUGAUUUAACAUGUGACAAGCUAGGUCACCCUAGGAAAGAAGCUGGGUCACCUAAAGGAAGAUGCUGGGUAUUGGGCAUUUUUCCAGUUUAUUGACCUACCAUUCCUAUAAUUGAUCACAAAUAAAUAUUGUCCAUUAGAAGGGCAUUGUGGCUGCUGGCAUUGUUAGAAUAAUAACUCUAGUAUCCAAAGGUUUUCAUUUUGGAGGUUAUUCUCAAUGAUAAUAGCUUCUGUUGUGCUGCUCUGAACCUCUCAUGCUCCAUCCACUAUGUCACAGUGCCACCAUGUCUAGCCACAACCACUGUUGUUUUAUAAAGAUAAAUAAAUUCCUUAAUGAA